AUGCUUGAUUACGCGGGUAUUAUAAGUUUGAAAAGAGAGUAAUUCCAUGUAAAUAUUCGUAAAUAAAGAAAUGAAAAACAAUUCAAAGAAUCAAGAAAACAUUACAUAUAAUCCCUCUUUUCUUAAUAAACUGAAAUGCAAGAAAUGUCUAACUAAAUUAGAGAUAAAUUUGAGAAAAAUCAAAAACUUCAAGGAGAUUUUUUAUAGAUAAUGGUGGAUAGAAUUUUUGAAGCACUACAUAAAAAUAAUAAUAUGAACUAAUUAGAUGUAAAGUUAAGUAUUUUUAAUUUAUUAGACAAUUGAUGCAGCUGUAUGGAUGUUAAAAUCAACAGAAGAAUAAACUUAUGAAGAUGAAUUAAGUGAUAAUAUUAGGAUGUUGAGAAUAGUAGAAAAAAUGAUCUUAUAUUCUUAAGGUUAUGAGAUUAAUAAUGAACCACUCAAUUCAUAAAUUAUUAUUUAUGCAGCUAAAGUUAGUAUAUGUACUUAAAUAGUUCCUAAAAUAUUGGACUUAAUUUGAAGAUUAAUCAAUAUAUCAUAAAUUUGGAGAAAUAGCAGAAACAGUUUAUUUCUUACUAAACAAAUAAGAAUAAGUGUUUAUUAAGAGAGGAGCAGAUAUAUUGCAUAAUAUGGCUUUGAUUGAUAACAGUAAGUUAUUAUCUAAAUUACAUGAUCUUAUUAUUUUUGGCCAAAAAUUAGUUAAGCCUAUUUGUACUAUUUUAAAAACAUCACAAAAUGCUAAAAUAUUAGCUACAUUAUGGAGAGUUGUUUUAUAAACAUUUCUAGAUUAAGAUAAGAAUGGAUAACUUUUAUAUAUCAAUUUCAUUAUCAAUGAAAAUUAAGAAAAUAUUAGAUUUCUUAAUCUCUUGGUAAAUUCAGCCUUAGAAUCAGAAUAAUAAAAUCGUAAGUUAUUUAAAAAUUAAUUACAUUUAAUUUAACAUAUACUUGAUUAUUAUUAAACUGAGGAUGAAUAGAUCUAUGAAGAAUUCAAGUAAUUACUAAUUACAUCAUCUUUUUCACUUAAAUUGAAAGAUUUCUGGCUCUUCCAUUCAUGGAAUUCUAUUGCAAAUACAGCUCAUGAAAUUUAAACACAUUUAGAUGAAUAAUAACUAUGA